AUGGAAGUGCUCGAGAGACUCAGCAAAAGCCAGGUCUGCUGCUGCUGCUGCUGCUGCUGCUGCUGCUGCUGCUGCUGCUGCUGCUGCUGGUGGGGGGGGUGCGGGGGUGGCGGGGGUGGUGGUUUGCUGCUCGUGGUGUUGCUGCUGGUCUUGCUGCUGCUGCUGCUGCUGUUGUUGCUGCUGCUGCUGCUGCUGUUGCUGCUGCUGCUGCUGCUGCUGCAGCGGCGCACAAGGUGCUGCUGCUGGUGCUGUGGCGCACAAGGUGCUGCUGCUGCUGCAGCGGCGGAUGCUUUCGCUGCUGCGUUGGCUGCUGCUGCUGCUGUCGCUGCUGUAUUAGCUGCUGCUGUGGCUGCUGUGUCAGCUGCUGCUGCUGUGGCUGCUGUGUCAGUUGCUGCUGCUGCUGCUGCCUGCGCUGCUGCUGCACUGGCUUCUGCAUUGGCUGCUGCUAGCACUGCUGCGGAUCCACCAACUGCUGCUGCUGCACUCGCUGCUGCUGCUGCUGUUAGCCUGAAGGAGCUGGUUGAGUCAGCGCGAGAUGCAGAUCCGGAAGCUUUUCAAAAAAUGGUGACAGCAACAGAAAAGGAGUUUCCCACUUCCGGCAAAAACAGAUUCGCCUCCGCCGACGUCCACGAGCUGGCGCUGGAGUUUGGGUGCGAGGACGUGCGGAAGGGUUUGACAGCAGCAGCAGCAGCAGCAAACCGCGGGCGGUUUGGGCCGAAUUGUUUGGAGAGAAGCAGCAAAGACUCUCUUUUGAGGGUUUUCGUUUCGCAGUUUCUUUCUCCCGUUGUGCUGCUGCUGCUCGUUGCUGCUGUUGCUUCUCUAGUUAUGAAGGAGUGGGUCGAAGGCGCAGCAAUUCUCGUCAUCGUCACUCUCAACGCCUGCCUCGCCACCUACAUGGAGCAAAGCGGUAGGGUUUAG